GCUGCCCUCCCCGGCAGCAUCGCCUGUCCCAGGCUCUGCGCCUGCUACGUCCCCACCGAGGUGCACUGCACCUUCCGGUACUUCACAGCCGUCCCACCGCACAUCCCUCCGAACGUGGAGCGCAUCAAUCUGGGUUACAACAGCUUGCUUAAACUGAUGGAAACAGAUUUUUCUGGCCUGGAGAAACUGGAGUUACUGAUGCUGCACAGCAAUGAGAUAAAUACAAUCCCUGAUAAGGCGUUCAGUGAUUUAUAUUCAUUACAGGUCUUAAAAAUGAGCUAUAACAAGCUCAGAGUACUUCAAAAUGGUCUAAAGAGCUUGGUACGGUUGCAUAUGGACCACAAUAAAAUUGAAUUUGUAAAUCCCAACGUUUUCUACGGACUCACAUCACUGAGGUUGGUCCACUUGGAAGGAAAUUUACUUAAGCAGCUUCAUCCAGAUACUUUUGUCAACUUGUGCUAUAGCCAGAUAUUUAAAAUAUCCUUCGUGAAGCACAUGUAUUUGUCUGACAAUAUGUUGACUUUACUACCACAAGAAAUGUUCUCCUACAUGUCUGAGCUAGAGAGCAUUUACCUUCAUGGAAACCCAUGGUCCUGUGAUUGCAAUCUACAGUGGCUGGCAGAAUGGGUAAAAGAGAGACCAGAUGUUAUAAAGUGCAAAAAAGACAGAAGUUCUGGUGCUCAGCAAUGCCCGGUUUGUGCUAGUCCCACAAAUCGUAAAGGGAAAAGCUUAGCGGAUAUUCCUUCUGCAUCUUUAACCUGCACUAAGCCAGCCAUACAUGACUCCCUGAAAUUUAAAAACCUCACAGUGUCAGAUGAUGGGGAUUUCAGUUCUGUAUCUCCCAAGGACUUCAUAGCUCCUAUAGGAUCCAUGGUUUUGAACAUGACUGACCAAGCAGGAAGUCAAGGUCACUUGGUUUGCAACAUCCAAAAACCUAAAGAAAUGUCUCCCAUCUCAUUUGGCAAAGACGGCAACAGUACAGUACUCAAAACUUCAUUCUCAGCAUUUCUUGUGUGUGGCAUUGAUUAUGAACAUAUUCAGCAGCUAUGGAGCAUACUGGCACUGUACAGUAAUUCUCCCUUAAAACUGGAAAGGAAUGUCCUAGUAACUAAUAUGCCUUUUUACAAAUAUAAACAAAUCUACUCUGAAAGAGAUGAACUUUUUACCAAUAUAGAGACUGAACUGAGAGCUGAACCGUCUUGGUUAAUGCAAAGCAAAGUAGCAUUACAGCUAGACCGGACAGCAACCACACUUAACACAUUGCACAUCCAAUACUUCACGGAUGCUCAGAUUAUUUUGCCCAGUGCUGACAAAAAACAGGCGAGAAAUAACUGGACCAUCAUCUCCAGGGACAACAAAACACAAACGGAGCACACUGUUUUAGUCGGGGGGACCGUAGAACUGGAGUGCCAAGCAAUUGGAGAACCAGCUCCUGCAAUAGAGUGGAUAUUGGCUGAUGGAAGCAAAGUUAGAGCUCCUUAUAUCAGUGAGGAUGGAAGAAUCAUGGUAGUUAAAACUGGAACAUUCACGUUACGGACAGCUGAUACUUUUGACACUGGGCUUUAUCACUGCAUCGGCACAAAUUACAACGAUGCAGAUACUCUCACAUUCAGAAUUACUGUGGUCGAUCUUCAUGUGGAACACAACAGUGUAAAUGGAGCCCAACUUUCUACAUUUGUUGGCAGCACACUCUACCUUCCCUGUACAUCCACUGCUGUUCCAGAUGCUGCCAUUAGCUGGGUGUUACCUCAGCAUGUGAUUCUUCAUCACUCUGCAAGAAACAAACAUAUUUUUGACAACGGUACCUUGAGAAUACAAGGGGUAACAGAGCAAGACAGUGGCUACUUUAGAUGCGUUGCAGCCAACCAGUAUGGUGUUGAUCUUUUGGUUUUCCAAGUGCUAGUUAGAAAGGAUGAAACCACUCUAAAGAGUAAGCAUGUAGCUGUGGGAGAAUGGGAAGAGGGCGAUGGCUCUGGCAAUGCAAUGCUGGCUUCUGCUACAAGACAGAAACAUCCUUUAGCUACUCUAGCUACCUUGACAGCUAAUCAGGAAUCUGCUGCCUCAGCAUCCAGGAAUCGGAUCGCACAGAGUGCACAUAAACGGAGAAGCUACGGGAGAAUGACUUACAGGCACUACAGGGACAAAAUAAGCAGGCGGUUUAGAGGACACAGAAGACAGUUUGUUUCCUCAGCCAGGAGAGUCGAUCCGCAGCGCUGGGCAGCCUUUUUGGAAAAAACAAAGAGGAACUCAACAUUGAUAGAAAAACGAGGAGAAGUUGCAACGAAACCACCUAUUCAAGUCCGUAAGUUCUCAAAAGUACCUGGCGAUGAGGAGGAAAUAUCUGGUGAUCUGAUCUCUCCAGAAGAAGAAUUCAUGAUACCAGUAACAAGAACAGCCAUUGUAUCUCCUCUGGGGAGAGCAAUGGAAAGCAUGACAACUGCAGGGCCUGAGAUGACUGUGAAUAACAGCCCUGCUAGGAAAACCCCUCCCCUGGUUGCAGAGGCAGUAACUCCCCUACUCUCUCCUUUUUCACAGUCUCUGUCAUCUGACAGCAGAAGGCCACAAACAUACCUAAAAUCUACAAUUACAAACUCAUGGGAAAGAUCUAAUUUAAGUAAAAUAUCAGCAAAUGGUAUAAAUCAAUCAACUGUAUCAAAAGCAAGUAGAACAUCUACACUCUUCUCUGCUGGGCAAAGGUUGGUACAUUCUGGGGAAAGUAAUAACCAGCAUUUAAAAUCUGUAUCUGCGACACCUGUGACAGAUGUUACAGUCACCAGCAAGUCUGUACCUUCCCAAAACACAGUGGACAAGCUACAUGUUUUUACUGAGUCUGUUGACAAGAUUUCCACCAAAACAGAUCGUCAGAUAUCUGUAGUGACAGUCAGUGAACCAAGUCCUGAAUUUGGUCACAUUUAUUUUCAUAGUACUGAGAAACGAGUAACUCCUAAGCCACCAUUGGACUUGAGUAUCCUUACUCAUCAGCAAAUUCAGAUUAUUCAGGAUGUUACAACUCUCACACCCCAGGCCCAGCAGCCAUAUGGAAGACAAAGGAAAAUUUCUGGUAGGAGACGAAUUGUUAGACCAGGACGAAUUCCAAGUAUGAAGGAGCACAGAUACAAUUUGGGGAGGCCAGGAUCUGUCAGAGGAAGUAUAGCUGUGGCUGCAGAUGUUCAACUGAAUAUGAAAUAUGUAUCAAAUUUACCAACCUUAAAUAAUUUAAGCAGCUCCAUCAACCCAUUGAGCCCAGAAGCACCUCUGUCCUCCCCCUCUACCAUGAGUAUGCCAUUGGAGCACGCAGCGGGUACUCAUCAAAACACAGCAUUCCUCAGGGAAGAGAAAAACAAAGCUAGUGCAAGGCAAAAAGUCACUACGACAGUCAUGCCUUUAAUUACAAAAAAUACUCCUCAAUGGAAAUUGGAGACCAAUACUCCAUUUCAGACAAAUACUGAUAGAGUCCAACCUUUUAGCAUCAGACAACCAACAACGGCAAUCCAUUCAGCUCAUAUUACAACAGAAAUUACACAUACCAUAAGCACUAAGAUAUCUUCUACCCUUGAAUCCGUCUCACCCAGCAUUAAGCCUAGAACCUCAACAAAAAAUUCCCAAAGAGGAAAAAUUACUUGGGAACGUCUCUUUGGAAGUGGUGCACAAAAAGAGGUCCUUCUUCAGAAGCUACCAAAACAACAGAGAGAGAUGUUUCUAUCAACAGAGGUAUCGACCGUGCUUCCUAAAACUACGGCAGCAUUACCUAUGUCCAAUAUGUCUCCUUUGCACUUUACGCCUAUUCCAACAGGUGGGAAUCACAGCAGUGGUUUCUUGUCUUUAAACAAACCCAUUCUUUAUGGCAAUGGUAAGUCAGAACAACAUCUUCCCACUGCAAAACUGCAGUCUUACUCUAAUCCUGCAACUAGUGCAACCAAAGAAAUGGAUGUAAGAAGUUUGAAGCCAACAGUUAUACCUAUUAUUACUCCUCAAACUGACACCAAAAUAACCAAAAAUAAAACAUUCAGAAUGGGAAGAAAGAGAGGUCAGAGGAGGAAGAGGCCCCCUAAAACACCUGCGUCACAAAGCGUGACUGCAGGCCGCAGCACUGCAGCGAGUCCAUCGGUGAAUACAGCCACGCCUGUCCUGACAACAGUUAAAUCAUUAGCUACGCCUACAAGUCUUGCGUCUGCAAAACCUCUCUCUGAGAGCGUAAGCGCAGUCUCGGUGACAGAAAUGCCAGCACUGUGGAUCCUCAACACACCAGACGCCCCUCAGCACGUGCCUGCAGCAGCCAGGCAGACAUCAGCGAGCCCUGUCAGACGGAGGAACAUCCAGUCAGCCACGUUACCACCCGACAGCCGUAUUGCUCCGAGCCGCGCACCCACAACCCAACCCACACCACGGCUUUCAAAGCCUUUCAGCGCCACAAGCGCACGACCUGCCACAGUCUAUGCAACAUCUGGGUCAGAACCCGCUCAGCACAUCAAAGCCACCGCAACGGCAGAUGAAAAACCACACCCGAAAAUGGAAGAGAGAGUUACCCAAGAAAACCAUGUUGCACAGCCCACUUUCCCAGCAAGAACCGAGUCAAGUACCAGAGCUCCUGCUGCAUCCACAGACAUCUCUCCUCCCAGCGCUCAGCAUCCCACCCCGCUGCCAGCCCUAACAGCAGUCAUGCCACCUGCACGUGCUGCGAGAACCACCUCGCCUCCAUGGGGGGAGAUGAAAUUCUGGCAGAAGCCCUCUGCUAAAGUCACGGAGAGAGGCAACACGUUAACUGGCAGUACACUGACCAUACUGAAGUCAUCACAGAUCGUGACUCCGUAUGCUCCUCUGUGGGGAAGGGAGAAGGACAGUUCUGUCAAAGGCUGGUCUGAAAAGAGACAGGAUCAAGAAAUUACCACCAACAAUCCUAUAGCCCUGGACUCUUUAAGCAGAAAUCAUUUUGCAAAGCCCAAAAUAAUUGGAGGAAAAUUAGCUGCUUUUACUGUGCUAGCUAAUUCAGAUGCUUUUAUUCCUUGUGAAGCUACUGGUAACCCCCGUCCAACAAUACAGUGGACCAAGAUGUCGUCAGGGACCGAUGCUCUGGAAAGCCGAGGUGACGGCAGAUGGAUGGUGUUUGCCAACGGCACGCUCUCGAUCGCCCGGGUGGGCCUGCAGGACCGCGGGCAGUACCUGUGCACCGCGGCCAACCCGCACGGCGCGGCACGGCUCCUGGUCACCUUGUCGGUGGUGGCCUACCCGCCCCGCAUCACCGGUGGCAGGUGGCAGCUCCUCACCGCUCACUCCGGAAAGCCCGUGGCAGUGAAGUGCAGAGCUGAGGGCAGGCCUCCUCCCACCAUCUUGUGGGUUCUAGCAAAUAAAACGCACAUCUCCAGCUCUUCUGCAGGAAAUAACAAAGUUCAUGUGGAACCAGACGGCACUUUAAUUAUCAAGGAAGUCACUGUUUACGACAGGGGCCUCUACACAUGCAUGGCUAAAAACCCAGCGGGCACUGACACGCUGGUUGUAAAACUGCAGGUCGUUGCGGCACCUCCCACUAUUCUGGAAGAGAAAAGACAACGUGUUGAAGGAACGAUGGGGGAAAAUCUGAAGUUCCCUUGCACUGUGAAAGGGAAUCCUCAGCCCACUGUCCACUGGGUCCUCUUUGAUGGCACGGUGGUGAAGCCUCUGCAGUUUGUAAACGCAAAGCUGUUCCUGUUCUCCAACGGUACCCUCCACCUCAGCAACAUUGUCCCGUCUGACAGCGGGAAUUACGAGUGCAUAGCCACAAGCUCGACUGGCUCGGAAAGGAGGGUGGUGAGCCUCAUGGUGGAACACAGAGACACGCUUCCAAAAAUAGCUACCGCCUCUCAAGAAAUGACUCAGUUGAAUUUUGGGGAUAAGUUGCUUCUGAACUGCACAGCGACUGGGGAGCCAAAGCCCAGGAUCAUCUGGAGGUUACCUUCCAAGGCAGUUGUUGACCAGUGGCACAGGUAG